UCUUUCAUUACAAGCUUUCACAAACACGAAAGAAAGAAAGAAAAACCUUUCCACAUUAUCAUUUUUAUCGUUUACUCAAAUUCUUCAUACCCUUUCCAAUUUUAGUUUACAAAUCUAAUGGCCAAACUGGCAGCUUCUUCUGAUCACCCAGAUCUCAACUUCCAAGCCACCGAGCUCCGCCUUGGCCUCCCCGGCUCCGACGACACCAAUCGUCGCACCGAAUCAAAGUCGAACAAGAGACCCUUUUCAGAGAUCGAUAAGGAAAAUAACAGCAGCGUUUCUGACGUUGGGAAUCACAUCGAUCAAACCUCCCAACCUCCUCCAUCCAAGGCACAAGUUGUUGGAUGGCCACCUGUUCGAUCAUACCGAAAGAAUUGUUUGGCUGUAAAGAAGAGCGAGAUAGAAAGUUCAAGUGGAGGGUACGUGAAAGUAAGCAUGGACGGAGCUCCAUACCUAAGGAAGAUUGAUUUAACCGUCUACAAAAGUUACACGGACCUCGUAAAGGCCUUGGAGAACAUGUUCAAAUUCAAUCUAGGUGGUUACUCAGAAAGAGAAGGUUUCAAUGGAUCUGAUUAUGUUCCAACUUACGAAGACAAAGAUGGUGAUUGGAUGCUCGUCGGAGACGUCCCAUGGGAAAUGUUCAUCUCUUCUUGCAAAAGAUUGAGAAUCAUGAAAGGAUCAGAAGCAAGAGGGUUGGGAUGUUUAUAAAAUUUAUUUUUAAACAGAGAACAGCCAUGGCAGCAGCUGAUCAAGGGCUAACAGGAGGAAGAAAGGAAAAGGGAAAAGAAAAAAAAAAUCCAAAAGAGGAUGUAAAAAAAACGAAAAGAGAUUGUUGUUUUUUAGAUUUUGAUUUGAUUAUUGUUUGUAAAAGAAAUAAUUUAGAUCUCCCAAACUGUAUAGAGGGGUUAUCCAUACCCCAUAUACAAAUUAUUGACAAUAUUAUACACAAUUCUAUACUUUUGAGAUGUUUAUAAUUGAAAUGAUUGACAAUAAA